CACACCGCAAUCGACUUUCCCCCCUCCCUCAAAACCGCCGUACCACCAGCAUUCGUCGGCACCGCUCCCGCCUUCUUUGGUCGCGUGGCAUUGCAUUGCAUUCGAGUUUACCCCUCACUUGUCAUAUUUGGGCAUAUCUACCCUCGAGGAUAGCUCUCAAUUGCGGGAGAGAGACAAAGAAAGCUUCGCGACGAUCCUUCUACCAAACCCUCGUUGUUUCGCGAAAUCGCUUCACCACCAAACCACACUCCGAACCUAGCCUCCCAAAUGUCGGCCUCUCUCCCCGGCAGCCGCGAGCUUCCCGCCUCGCAGUAUGAUCUCAGCACAUACAUGGGCCGCGUACGGCACAACCUGGGCCUCACCGACCCGAGCACCCUCCUCGUCGGCAGCACAGGUCUCGAUCAAGCAAAGUCACUCCUCACCGAGUACAAGCAGGGCAAGAUCCCGACAAUGACCCCCGAGCUCUGGCAGGCCAAAAAGGUCGUCGACUCGACCCUCCACCCAGAUACCGCCGAACCCGUCUUCCUCCCCUUCCGCAUGUCCGCCUUCGUCCUGACCAACCUGGUCGUCACAGCUGGCAUGCUCCAGCCCGGCCUCGGAACAGCAGGCACAAUCGCAUGGCAAGUCGUAAACCAGUCCCUCAACGUAGCCAUCAACUCGGCAAACGCAAACAAGUCCUCGCCGCUAUCCUGGCGCAAGCUCGGCGAGUCCUACGCAAUGGCCGUCUCCGUCUCCUGCGGCGUCGCCGUCGGCCUCAAUAAGCUCGUGCCUCGUCUCAAGAACCUCACGCCCGCGACUCGCACGACGCUCACCCGCCUCGUCCCCUUCGCCGCCGUCGCCUCGGCCGGCUUCCUCAACGUCCUCCUCAUGCGCGGCGAGGAGAUGCGCAAGGGCAUCGACGUCUUCCCCGUCGUCGCGGAGAAGAAGGCAGAGACCACGGAAACAAAGGCAGAUGUUGAAGGUACCAACCAGCAGCCCCAAUCCCUAGGCCGCAGCAAAAAGGCAGCACAAAUCGCCGUCGGCGAAACAGCCUGCAGCCGCGUCUUCAACUCGACUCCCAUCAUGGUCAUCCCCCCUCUCGUCCUCGUCCGCCUGCAAGCCCAGCAGUGGCUCAAGCAGCGGCCCCGCCUCACCGUGCCCGUCAACCUCGGCCUCAUCCUCGUGACGAGCUACGCCGUCCUCCCGCUCGCCCUCGCCGUGUUCCCCCAGCGACAGAGCAUCAGCGCAGACAAGCUCGAGCCCGAGUUCCACGGACGCGGGGGCGAGGGCGGUCUCGUUGUGUUCAACAGGGGUAUCUAGAUAUCUGUCACUGUCUCUUGCAUUUUUCGUUGCUAGGCUACCAAAACUGGGAUAUCAAAACAUUGCAAAGCGAAUUCGCAUCAAGCAUAGGAGGUUCAAAGCAAGAAAUGACGGCAGGGGGGGACGUAUCGCGGACGUUUCUCGUCGCCCACG